CGAUAAUAACAGAGGGUUAUCUGAAGACCUUGACGGAUUUAAAACAUUUCAUUGCCUGAAUAUUUUAUCACUCGUUUUCAUUUUGCCGGAUUUAAUAUUAGUUGUAAUCUCACUGGUGUUUUUACCGGAAAAACGAAUAUCGCCUUUAGUACGUUUUUCCUGCUAAAGUUAGCGCCUGCAGCCGCCUAAGUCUUGUUUAGCACACAAGCAGCAAUGCAGGAGAAGACAUGAAGACCAAAAUACAGCCUCGUCCUUUAUUUAGUGGAUUUUUAGUUGUCUACUCACUGCAGGACUUUCGUCUAGAUGAAAUGAAUUUCUUGCGUAAUCGUCUUGUUGUUUUGGGCCUGGUGUUGCUGGCUACAUUGUUGCUGUACCUGCUGCUGCCAUCCAUUCGCCAGGGCARCAUGGAGCCAUCCAUCGCAGCUCAGAAAAUGGGGCUGUUGGCCCCUGCUCCCCCCGGGCCUCCGACCAUCAAUGUGUCCAUUCGCACUGGACAGCUACCUGGAGACCCUCCGUUGUUUUUCAGAGAGGCUUUACCAGUGGAUAAAACCGGACAGCAAAUUUUACCCAGGCUGCAGGUGGUUCUUCUUCAUGGCCAGGCCUUCACCUCCAAAACCUGGGAGGAAGUGGGUACCAUGGCCCUGCUGGCAGCUAAUGGAUAUCAGGCCCUAGCGAUGGAUUUACCAGGAUAUGGAAAAUCACCCGACUCUGAGGCGCUGAAGACUGACCAGAGCCGGGUGGACCUUCUGUCGAGGUUCAUGGAGUCUUUGGGUGUCAGAGCAGCUGUGCUUUUGAGCCCCUCAAUGAGCGGACAUUAUUCCCUCCCUUUCCUCAUGAAGAACAGCGCACAGCUGCGUGGCUUCAUUCCUAUAGCACCAGUCGGCACCCGGAGUUACUCCCCGCAGCAGUACAAAAAGAUUCAGACUCCCACUCUGAUUGUGUUUGGAGCUCUGGACACAAAUCUGGGUGCCCAGUCCCACAAGAACCUCAUACAACUUCCUAAUCACGAAGUGCUUAAGUUGGAUGGAGCUCGCCACGCCUGCUACAUGGACAAACCUAAUGAAUUUCACCAAGGCUUGAUUUGGUUCCUCAACAAACUGAAGAAAGAUGUGUAGCGUGAGUCGUUAGUAAAGAGGAACACAAAUGCGAGGGAAAAAAAGUUGCUCUAAGCUCAGAGUGUAUUUCUCAUCACAUGAAGACAUGAGAGGUGGUCAUAAUAACUGGUCAGUUCUUCAGAUGUUGCUGUUAUGUUUCAUGGUCUGACCUGAAAAUAAAAAAAAAGGCUUAGCUCAGCAUCUUAGCUUAUUGUUAAAAAUAGCAAAGUGUAUAGUGGCACAUUUUGACAUGGUACGAAUUGAUUUCAUAAUGUAUUGUAUGCAAACUGUAGCUAACUGUAAAUAUGUAAAUGUUCCUGUGGCCAGUAUUUAUAAUGUUUUGUUUGUUUCAGACCUGACAGACAAACUUAACCCAGUAAUAACUGCUGCUUCAUGCUAACAUGCUGUGCUAAAUUGACCUAAGUCUAUAUACCGAAAAAUAUCAGAUUAAAACAGAUUUUAAAAAUGAGAAUCUACGCAAAUUAAUAUCUGCAAUAAGUCUGGACAAUCAUAAAAAUUAAGAAGCUUGAGACAGCUUAAAGGUAAAAAAAAUAAGUCUGAGCUGAAAAUAUUGUUCAUGUAGAUAUUAUAUGGCUUCAUUUCUCUAAUUUGAAAGGUAGAAAGACACUGACAGUUGAAACUACAUGCUUGUGUGCRUUUGUUUAAAUGAAGUGUUAUUGACGUGUUCCUGGAACAAACUCGUUUAUUGACAGCGCUGUUGUUAAGUGCGCUACAGAGAAUUGAACUUCAUGGUAAUACGAAAAUAAUUUAUAAAAAAAGAAUUAAUACCUUAAAACACUGCUAUGUUAGGUUCUGAUCGUGAACUCAACAUAACAUUUUUACUUUUAAAUGGAGUUUUAAAAGCUGGGGUUGACAUCAUGUUUGUGAAAUUAAGAAUAAAAGAGGUUGGUUAACUUAUCAAGUUGAAGCAGGUGUGCUAAACAUUURAAGUUUAUUAUUGUAACGUUGCAUAAGUUGCAGGUUUUUUGCUUUCUCACUAGUUUUAUCCUGUGUGUUUAUUGCUGUGAAUAAGCUGAAAUUAAUGUUGAUGCACUAAAAAUAGUAAAUAAACUACUGAAAUAUUUAU